CAAGCGCCGCAGAUUUCGCGCGGGGCGGGUGUUGUCAUUAGAUUUUCACGUGACGAAAGUGGAUUUUCGUAAGAAACUUGACAACGAAUCAUAUGAAAAUGCCACCGAAAAAGCGGGAGAAAGAAGUGGAUGGACAAAAAGGCCCUCGAAUGGAUCAAAUACAAGCAGACCACGAGCUAUUCCUACAGGCCUUCGAAACCAAUAUUUCUAUAUAGAAAUUUAACUUACAUGAGGCAACGUAUGUCCAGAAGCCAUAAAUCUCGGCGAGGGUUUAAAAUUGACACAAUAUUAGAAAAACUAAUGUCAAAAAAUAAUCAAGAAGAAAAUCCAAGUGUUCGUGGAUAUAUGACUCUUACUUUUCUAGGUUUUUACGAUAAAAAAGGUUUCUGUUGGUACAAGUGAAGUUCCAAUUAAUCCUUGUGAAAAUCAACCCCCUCCAAAAGCACCUACUAUAUCUAUACCUAAUGAAUCUUUCAGUUUAAACAAUGGUCAUGUAGCUAAAACUUACAUGCUUUUACUUAGAGUAUAUUGUACGUCCAAUACUGGCUGCCUUAUGCAUAACUGUGAUUUAGAUGAACCAGCUCAAAAGCGUCGUAAAUCUUCUACGGGUUCAAUCAAAACUGGAGGAGAGGAAAUAAAGUUGUAUGGUUCUGAACUCAUAGUGUAUGAUAAACAUAAUCGAUGUUUAUUGACUGAUGGUGAUUAUGAACUAGGUUUACAAGAAGUACAAACCAAUAUUCGAUCUAGCCCAAAGAAGCACAGCUCUUGGGAGUCUGUACCUGACAUUAAGGAAUGUGGUCCUUUUGAAGUAUUUAGCAAAGGACCAACAUUAAAAUUUAGGCUUAAUUGGACAACUGAACCAAGUAAUGGUUUAGUUGAUAGACCAACUCCAAUUCACCCAGUACCAAAUGGUGAUAAUAAAGAAAAUAGAUCAGGAAAUACUGGUCUGGAACGUUCUUCCACAAAUAAUAAUAGUACCAACAAUAACAAUAACAAUAAUAAUAAUAACAAUAAUUCAACACUGCCAACACCUAGUCCUCUUAAUUCUUCAAGAAUGACAACAUCUAGUGAAAAAACGGAUACUAUUAUGGGUACGCAACAAAUAGUUUAUCAAUUCCUGUAUAAUAAUAAUAGUCGUCAACAAACAGAAGCUUGUGAAGAUUUACAUUGCCCUUGGUGCUCAUUAGACUGUGGAAAACUUUAUUCUCUUUUGAAACAUUUAAAAUUGUGUCAUUCGCGAUUUACAUUUACGUAUGUGCCAAUUCCACAAGGUGCUCGUAUAGAUGUAGCAAUAAACGAAUGUUAUGAUGGUUCUUAUGCUGGUAGUCCUCACGAAUUAAUCUCACAGCCAUCUAAUGUAGCAUUUUCAAGAACAGGACCGACGAGACGUACAAGCGUAACAAAUAUUUUAGUAUGUCGUCCAAAAAGAACUAAGCCAAGUCUCUCUGAAUUUUUAGAGCUUGAUGAGAAUGAAUAUGAAAGCCAAAGACCUUACAUUACAGGACAUAAUAGAUUGUAUCAUCAUACUGUUACAUGUUUACCUAUAUAUCCAAAAGAAAUGGAUAUUGAUUCUGAAGGGGAAAAUGAUCCAAAAUGGUUACAAACAAAAACAAUGAUGAUGAUUGACGAUUUUACAGAUGUAAAUGAAGGGGAAAAAGAACUUAUGAAAAUGUGGAAUUUACAUGUUAUGAAGUAUGGUUAUGUAGGAGACUGCCAAAUACCACUGGCUUGCCAAAUGUUUCUAGAAACUAAAGGAAAGGAAUUGCUCAUGAAAAAUUUGUAUCGUAAUUUUGUUUUACAUAUGUGUAGUUUGUUUGAUUUUGGUCUAAUUAGUCCUGUGGUUUUAUAUCAAACUAUUCAAAAAUUACAAGAAAUUAUGAAAGAAGGAGGUGAAGAUAGUGAUAUUCGAAAAGUUUUACAAAAGUCCCAUGAAGCUCAAGUUGAAAAAUGGCUUAGCUCAGGCUGUCAUGCAUCUUUAGAUGCUAAUAAACAAAAUAGUAUAAGUGCUAAAAUAAAUUUUAAUAACGAUGGAUCAAAUUCUAAUGCGAGACGAAAAACUUCUUUACCGCUUAAUUCACCAAGUUCACAAUCUGUAAAAACGACAGCAUCCAUCCAUAAUAAUGUUAGUAAAUAUGCAAAUAUGAUGACUACAUCAUCAAACAAGACUGUAAAUCAUAAUAGUACAAUUCAAAAUUCUAUGAACAAAAAUACUGCAACAUUUGCGUCUGUACAAAACAAUGCAAAUAAAACUGCUUUUACAGUUUGUGUAACAAACUGUACUAAUAGUAAGACUUCUACAAUGGUUUCAAUAUCCAAUGGGUUAUCUAAUCAGAAUGAAAUAGGACAAAGACAAAUGAAUGAUUUACCAACACGGCGUAAGAGUACAAAUUCGAUAGUUCAAGUUUCAGAGAAUACAACACCUUUACGCCGAAAAUCAAUGGCCAGUGAAAAUGUAACUAUUGAAUAUCAUAGAAGAAAAUUGAUUUUAGAUACAGUACCGAAUAAUGGUAAUACUAACCAAAAACCACCCCAAAAUGGAAAUAGCUAUUAAUAACCGUUAUACAUACGUUACUCUGCUAAUUGUACGUUUUUGUACAGUAUUUGUUGCAAAGAAUAUAACUGCGAUUAGAAUAAUUAACAUUAUAGCUAAUACUUGAUAAUCAUUACUCUAGCUACUAGAUCAAUUUUCUAUAAAUUUGAAAGUUUUAAAUGUAAAAACGAUGCAAAAGACAAACUUUCAGAUAAAUAUAGUGUGAAUAAUUAGAGUAUAGCUCUAAUUGAAAUUUUUGAAAAUAAUUAAAUAUAAAAAAAAAUGUAUUUUGAAUAUAUCGUGACCGAAAAUCUUAUUUCAUAAAAAAAUAUGAUGUGUACCCUCUUUCUUGGUCUAGUCAAUGAUGCUUUUUACGUAUCCAAUUUUCUGAAUUUUCUAUUUGUUUAGUAAUAUAUAAAAAUUAUAUUGCCUCAUAUACUUAUGAUUUUCAUAAUUUUAAGAACGCAAUACUUUAUUAUCAAAAUUGAGAAAAAGUAAAAAAUUAAAGUUAUUAAAUAUAAUAUAUAUUAAAUUUACCAUUUUGAAGGAAAUCAAGGUCACUGAAUAAAUCGUACAUAUUCAUGAUCACAGAUAAUAGAUUAUUCUUUUAUAUGAUAAAAAAGUUAUACCUCCUGUGUAAUGUUAAUUCAAAUUAUAAUCUAUAGAUUAAUCGAUAAAUUUAAUAUCUGAUAAAGAUACGAAACGAAAAAAUUAGUACAUAAUCUCUUAAAAGAUGGGACCUUGGUAUGAUUAUUUCAGAUAUUUCUUCUAAACUCAAUUUGAUAAACUGAGGCUGUAAAUUAAGUUUUACCCCAAAGUAAAGAAUAAACUGUUAUAAAAAGUGCCUUUGUAAAGUGAGAGAAUCUGAAUAUGAGAGUGACUGUCGCCAAUAUAUAACUUUUGCAUUGAGUAUUUGUGAAUAAUAUGUUAAAUAAAUAUUCAAUAUGUUUUUUAUUUAGCAAAAUUUUUGCCGAUUGUCGUUCUCUCAGAUAAACUUAUGAAUGAACUUAGUAAGUUACUCUGUGUAAUAUACACAAUUUUACUGCCGAUGAUCGUUCGAAGAAACGUUUACAUUCCCGUACGUGACGUUUCUUUAUAAUAUAACUAAAUAAAAUUUUGUUUAAUUUUUUAAUAAGUACUGAUUUCUAGGAUAUCUGUUCUCUUCGAACGACUUUGAUCACUGUCCAUUAAUAUUACUACUUAUGCUAGGUUGUAAAUAAAAAAAUACAAUAAACAUAGAAGCAUUAUAAUUUAAAGUGUUCAGUGAUUUUAAUGGAAAUUAUUCAAAUUAUCUUAUGUUUUUUUUGUCUUUUUUUUUUU